CGACCCAACACUUAUCUGCUCUCAAUUCCCUCUUACGGGUUCUGCGCCUGUACUUCAUAGAAUUAGAUACCCUCAUCGGCUCAUAGAAACUCAUUGGAUUUUAUUCACACUUAAGAUUCAGAAUCAUGGAUGCUGUUCUCAGCUCCACUACAGCUCUCGUCAGCUUCAGCAUUCUCACAACUCUUACUGCCAUUACCGUUUCGCGCUUGAUAUUCCGAGGAGAUGAGGUGAAGGUCAUCAAGAGUCCUGCAGCUACUCUGCUGCCAAAGUUGAGUCUGACUGAGAUAGCGGCCUUGCCGUAUCCGCCAGAUGCGCUCCCUGGCGGAAGAGAUGUGGAAAGUCCAUACGGAACAGUGAGAGUAUUUGAAUGGGGUCCCGAACAUGGCCGAAAAGUCUUGCUGGUCCAUGGAAUUACGACUCCCGGCCUUGCACUCGGUGCUGUUGCGCAUGGACUGGUCGAGCGAGGCUGUCGCGUUAUGAUUUUUGACGCAUGGGGACGAGGCUACAGCGACGCACCUGCGGACCUUGUCUAUGACGAAAGACUAUACGCAACUCAAAUCCUCCUAGCUGUUACCUCCUCACCACUGUCAUGGACCGGUGGCCUAAAUGGAGGCUUCAGUGUCAUCGGCUACUCGCUUGGAGGUGGCAUUUCAAUCUGCUUCACUAGCUAUUUCCAAAACAUGGUUAAAUCUCUAGUCCUGCUUACGCCAACGAGUUUGAUUCGCGACAGCCGUCUGGGUGUGCAAAAAUACUUCCCGAUUCUUUUUAGCAUCAUCCCAGAGCCUAUUCUGGAAGUUCUUCUCAAGAAGAGAUUGCAGCGUCCGAUGUUUCCGAAGGAGAAUAGGGAGAGUGUCGCUACUGCAGAGGUCACCCCCAACGAAGCCAUCCUCAAAGAGCCUCCUCCCUCAUUGAAGUAUCCAGACGUCACAGUUUUCGCAGCAACCCAAUGGAACAUCCAAACGCAUCCUGGAUUCAUCCGUUCAUUCACCUCUGUCGCAAGAUUCGGACCUGCAGCGGGCCAACACGCCGCGUGGAGACGUCUACUCCAAAAGAAGCGUAAGAUCUUGAUUAUCGUAGCGAGUCACGACCCGAUCAUCGUCACCGAGGAGCUGAAGCCUGAUGUCGAAGAGGUGGUGCGAGAUUCGGGAACUGAUAUCGUAUGGCGCGAGAUUGAUGGGGCUCAUGAUAUACCGACGACAGACCCGGACAAGAUUGUACGUGAUAUAUGUGCGUUUUGGGAGAUGUGAGGCUGGAAUUAUGAUGCGGGGUUUGGGGAAGAACGAUACUUUAAUUAAUGGCUUAGCUAGCGUUCCGAAUCACUUGAUGCGGUGGCUCUCGAGAAUUGCGGGGAGGAGAACACUAAUACACGCACUAUACUUUGUUCUUUGUUCUUCGC